AUGCAAGAAUUCAAGGAAUCCAAUACAGCAACCGAGGUGCAGGCACGCCUUGCUAAAUUGGAGGAGCUGUGGGAAGGCUUUAGCGAUGUGAUGGUGGAGAUUUUUGCACACGAUAACUACAGUGCAGAAACUAGUGGUUUAGAAAAAGAGCGAAUGGAAUUCAGCGACCGUUAUUACGAAGUCAAAUCCUUUCUGGUGGACAAGACUAAGGAGCUUGAAGAGCCACAUCGAUUAGCAAAUUCAACGCGAGUAGGAGACGUUACAACGCACGGUGGUAUGGACCACGUCCGGUUGCCGCAAAUUAAAUUGCAAAGUUUUAAUGGAGACAUCGAUGAGUGGUUGAGUUUCCGAGAUUUGUUUACAUCGCUCAUCCACUGGAAGGAAGAUCUACCGGAAGUAGAGAAAUUCCAUUAUCUCAAGGGGUGUUUGCAGGGAGGGCCAAAGAGUUUAAUCGAUCCGCUGCAAAUUACGAGAGCCAACUAUCAGGUAGCCUGGGAGUUGCUACUUAAACGGUACAACAAUUGUAAACAGCUUAGGAAGCGCCAGGCUCAAGCGCUUUUCAGUUUGCCCACACUGACCAAGGAAUCAGUAUCCGAUCUGCAUACCCUCAUUGAAGGCUUCGAGAGAAUAGUGCAGACCCUGUGUUGGUGA